ACAAGUUAUGGUUUUCAAAUAAAAAUAUUCGUACAAAAAAUAAUUAUAAUUACAUUUAAAAAAAACAUCAAAAGCAUUAAUACUAUAAUAAUUAUACAGUGAUAACAAUGUCAAAAAUAUUAAAUGAAUAUUUAAGUAACAGUCAUCGGAAGAGUGAAAAACGGUUACUGAAAAUUAGAUUAUGGUUUUACAGUUUAACGUAUUGUCUCAUGGUUGUUAUUGGAUCCAUACUACUACGAAUUGACUUUACUGUGGCCGAGGAUCCUUUGGUGAGACUGUAUCAUCACAACCGUUGGCUGCUGAUUACUUCAUGGUUUAACUUAAUAUCGCUAGUGUACACGCCAAUCUGCAUCUACUGCGACUGGCGAGAGCUCCGCGGCACCAGCGGCCUGAAACACGUCACGGUCCUCAACAAAUUCAGAUUCGCCUGUUUCUCCAGCAUCCUGUUCCCGGCUACUUGUUUCUCAGAUAUCCUGUUUUGGAGGCUGUGGACAAAAAACCGCGAGCUGGUGGCGCCACCGGCAGUGGACGUCUUCGUGCCGCUAUGGCUGCAGCACUGUCUCCACACCAUCACGCUGCUCGUCAUCUUUAUAGACCUCCUCCUGGUUCCGAAAAGAAGACCCAAAAAUUUGACGUUUGGUGUCUAUGUCUUGACAACGUUCCUGGCUGCCUACGCUGUCACGUGCGGGCGCAGUAUAAUAAACAACGAGCACAUUUACCCACUGCUGAGGCUGUUCAGUGGAUACAAUUUUAUCCCGUUAGUAAUAUUCGUGAGCGUCGAACACUUCUUCUACUUCACUGUACAGUGGCUGAUACUCGACUUAGUAUGGGGUCGAAGAACGCAAACUCAUGCUUUGAUAUCUUUACUAAGAUUUCCGGGACGCCAAUUGUUAAAUGACGCUAGAAAUAAAAUGGAAGUAAUGUUAAGUGAAGGUAAAAGUGGAAGCCAAAUUAGAAAAACUAGGCAACUUAAAUAAUAAAUUAAAAUCUAGCUAGUAGUAACCAUUGAGGUAUUGUUGUAUUGUAAUUGUAAGUAUGACACUCUUAUGCUCAUAUUUUUGGAUUGCAAAUUUACUGUAGGUCAUUGUUAAAAUAAGUUAUGAGUAAUUGUUACAAUAAGUUUAUUACUUUAUUAACAAGCAUAAGUUGUAAGUACAUUAUAAUAUUUAUUUGUAAUUAUAUCGUAUUAUGCUUUGACUAUUUUACUCGUAUAUCGUGUACGAAAAAUGUUGCAAUUAUGUAUACAUGUGCUUAAUAUAUUUUUCACCACACCAACUAGUAAAGGCUCUCUUUGCUAUUCGAAAACAGAUAGCAAAAUUGCAUUUUACCCACAAGAGUGCAAAGUACAAAUUUUAAUUUGACGUCUUAAUCAGGCUGGUAAAAUUUACGUAAGUAAAUGAUGAUUUGAAUCAUAAAUAUUGAAUAAAUUGAUGGAGUUGAUUUAGUUUGAUGUUUAUUAGUCAAUAUUUUGUUCCUGUUGGUGUGGUGAAAAAAAUUGUGUUUCACUCGGUGGCAAAGUUUGUUUAACCUUCGGGCCUUGGUACCCUCGCAUCGCUUAAUAUUCCACUUUUUGAAACACUCGCUACGCUCAUGGUUCAAUCUUUCAUUUGCUCGGGUAUCAAUAUUGGCACGUGCGGUUAAACAACAAAUUUGUACUUACCAUAUUUUUUAAAACAGAUAACUAAUAAUUCAAAACUAUCUUAUAUUUCAGAGUUAUAUUAUUUUCUGAUAAAAUGUUCUACGAGAAGGUAUUGGUAAUUAGUACCAGAUUCUUCUCUUCGCAAGUCAUAUUAAAUAGAUGGAAUGAAAAAUGUCAAGAUUUGAAAUAAAAUAAUCUUAUCAGAGCA